UUUGACAAGUUGUUAGCAUAACGAUUGGCACCUCUGAUCAAUCAAUAUUGCUACAGUGUGAUAAGCAUCGCACGGUUUUUUUUCGGUAGGAGCGAGCAGUCACAAAUCAGACCCUGUCAGGAGUUGUAAAAUAUUCCCUUUUUGCCGAUACGGAACGGGCGCAAUGGCAAAAACCGUCCUUGAUAAGCGGCUUUCGGCCAGUACAAGCUCAAUGUCAUCGAUGGACAGUGACAUCGAGCAGAUGCGAUUCCUUCAGAGAAUUGAACAAAUGGCAGCACCGGAGUUUCAAGUAGUAGUAACAAAGCCACCACCGGAUAUCGGCAGUUCACAUUCACCCAGAAAGUUAACGCCCAACACCAGCUUCGUGUAUAAACCGGAAAGUCGGCGGCAGACCACCAUCAGUACACACAGCGAUGAUCUGCCCGAAACUGGCUCGCGACGACCUUCGCUAUUCAACGGACAACCGAGACCGUCGUUCAGUGUGUAUAAAAAACAAAUGAUGGAAUUCCUGCAGCGUCACGGCAGCCGACUGUCACUAUCGAAAAAGGACGAACUUCCGAUUGUCACUGAAAUGCGCAACAGAAACCGAGCGGUUGCCGAGGAUCAAUUCAGCACUGCCAUCUCUGCGUUGUACGCCAAACUACUUAUCGUACUCGGUAUUGCAUUCCCCAUCACUGAUGUCAUUUCAGAGCGAGCUGUACACGGUGCCUUCCAGGGAUUCUAUCUCUACCUGUACUUUGUCAGUGUAGUUUUCGUAGGUUUUUUGUACAUCGUCCGAUUGCGACAUCAGACUAAGCUGAAGAUGCUCCUGGAACAGUACCAACAUCCCAACACCGUACCGGAUCUGCUGAAGCCCAGCCGAACUCGGUUCGGAUCGUUUUAUCUCCGUGCCGGAGCAGUUGCCUUUGGAAUCGGCAGCAUGGUGCACUCCAGUCUGGAGUUCGGUCAGUACUUCGAAUUGAAACGCGAUGAAAGAUGUCAAAAUGUUCUAAUUGCAUUAAUUCCGGCCGCCCGGAUGGCCCUGUGCCUGGUGCAGAUGCAGUUCAUCUUCUUCAGCAGCGGUCAGUUCCACAUGGACCGCCACAAGUUUGUAGCCCGCUUCGGCCUGAUGCACAUGCUGGCCACCAACAUCUGCGAGUGGUUGUACGUGAUUAUCGAAGAAGCCAAGCACGAGAUUGUACACAUUGCCCACGGGGGGUUGCACGGCGGUGCGGCGGCGACUGCGGCAGCAUCGGCAGUUACGGCGGCUGCAUUAACAGACAACGACGACGGUGGGCUUAGCAUUCGCAGCAGUAUCGCCCUGAACGGGAGCCAUCAUCAUCAUCCGCUGCGCCAUGCAACCAGUCGGGAUCUAUCGUCCAGUGCUUCCAUCCACGGUUUCGAAUGCCAGCGGACCAACAUAAUGGGGUCAUUGGUACAGAAUGCGGCCCCAUUCCUGUUUCCCUGCACGAUUGAGUACUCGCUAAUCUGUGCCGUCAUUCUGUUCGAGAUGUGGAAGAAGGUACGCGAGAGCACCCGGGAGGCUAAUGGAUCGCGAAGAGGUUCCCGGAAAAGUCUGACCGGAAAAAGUGCCAACCUGCUGUCGGUCGACUGUUCGAAUGCCCAGCGGGGGAUGUUCGGUGGGAUUCUGGUCAUCGUACUGACCAUUAUAGUGCUGAUUAUGUACUUUGUGCUGCAGAAGGAACGAUUUUAUAAAAAAGCGGCAACCAUUGAAGUUACAAUCAGCGAAAUCAUCAUCUAUAGUAUAACGGCAGGGGCCGUUGUUUGGGCUAUGUUUCGAAUGAGAGAUUUGAAAUUUUCCCAGAAGAAAGGUGACGCUGGAAUAAGUCUGGACUGUCGGUUGCUGGUUCUGGCGCAGGUCGGCAUUUACAUCUACUGUAUGUUCAGUAUCAUUGGGACAUUUUUCUCGAUUGGCAUCUCCGAGUAUGCCACCGUUUAUUCUUUGCUUGCUGAAAUAAUUUCCUUGAUUCAAACAUCCCUGCAAACGCUGUUUAUCAUGAACGCGUGGUGGCGUCGCUGCAAGGGUGCCAAACAGAACCGGACCAAACCGGGACGAGAAAUUAUCACGUUUCUUCUAAUUGCCAACAUGUCGAUUUGGUUCAUCAAUACACUGAUCAAGACGAACGCUAGCUUUCGGCCGACUUUGAUGAACUUCUACGGUGUGUGGGCCUGGACGAUCAUCACGCAUCUCUCGAUGCCGCUGGCCAUCUUCUACCGGUUCCAUUCCACUAUCUGUCUCUUCGAGGUAUGGAAGAAUACAUUCAAAGUGAGAUACGAUCGCGGUAAUUAGAGUUGAAAGACUGGGGUGUUUACAACGAAACCAUGUGAUUUCUAGGCUAAGGUUUUAUUAAGUUUUGUUGAUGACAUACCAUGUCAUUUUCGUUUGUUCAACGAAUAAAUGUCCAUUUUAUUUUUUAA